UUCAUGACUUAGGUAAUGCCAUCUUGAUACGAAAAUAGUGUCGCAUGAGUAGUGUGAAGCGGAAAAUUAUUGUCUUGAUAUUGUAUACAGAGAUAGCAUUUUUUAGUUUUAUUCAGAUAAGAGCAGAAAACUGACACUGUUUUCCGUGUUCACUGGCUCAUUCAUUCCCGGCAGUCACAUUUUCUGAGCGAGGAGCGCUGCUGCUUGUGGCGCUAACAAAGGAAAAUCUGGAUCCGAGCAGUUGUUCAUUGCUCGAUUUAGGAGAGAUGGCCGAGAUGUACAUUCGCGUCGCGGAGGAGGAGAACGAGGAGCCGAUGGAGAUCCCGUCAGAGGACGACGGCACCGUGCUGCUCUCCACGGUGGCCGCUCAGUUUCCAGGGGCUUGUGGCCUGCGUUACCGGAGCCCGGUGUCUCAGUGCAUGAGAGGAGUUCGCCUGGUGGAGGGAGUCCUGCACGCCCCCGAGAACGGCUGGGGAAACCUGGUCUAUGUGGUCAAUUACCCUAAAGAAACGGUUCUGCCGGAUAAUAAGAGGAAGAUGGAUGAGAUCGAUGCUUCAUCUGCAACGAAGAUCAAGAGAGGAGAUCAGAAGACUUCAGAUCUGAUUGUGCUGGGUCUGCCAUGGAAGACUACAGAACAAGACUUAAAAGACUACUUCAAUACGUUUGGGGAAGUCAUCAUGGUGCAGGUCAAGCGGGACGUGAAGACGGGAAAUUCGAAAGGAUUUGGGUUCGUGAGGUUUGCAGAGUGGGAGGCUCAGGGUAAGGUGAUGUCACAGCGGCACAUGAUUGAUGGCAGGUGGUGUGAUUGCAAACUACCCAACUCAAAGCAAGGUCCAGAUGAGCCAAUGAGGAGCAGGAAAGUGUUUGUGGGCCGUUGCACGGAGGACAUAACCGCUGAUGAGCUCCGUCAGUUCUUCAUGCAGUAUGGGGAGGUCACAGAUGUUUUCAUUCCUAAACCCUUCAGAGCAUUCGCUUUCGUCACCUUUGCAGAUGACCAGGUUGCCGCCUCCCUUUGCGGAGAAGAUCUGAUCAUCAAGGGCGUCAGCGUGCACAUCUCCAAUGCUGAGCCGAAACACAACAACACUAGGCAGAUGAUGGAGCGGGCAGGGCGCUUUGGGAACGGGUUCGGAGGUCAGGGUUUCGGAGGCAACCGUAGCAGCAUGGGGGGUAGCUCCAGCAGCAUGGGAAAUUUCAGCAAUUUCAACCUCAAUCCAGCUAUGAUGGCUGCCGCCCAGGCCGCUCUACAGAACAGUUGGGGUAUGAUGGGAAUGUUAGCACAGCAGGGUCAGUCGGCAUCAUCUGGCACGAGCACAAGCGGCACGAGUUCCACUCGGGACCAGACCCAAACAUACAGCUCGGGCAACAGCAACUACAGCAGCUCGGCCGCUCUCGGCUGGGGCUCCGGCACUAACUCUAGCGGUAGUGGGUUUAACUCCAGCUUUGGGUCUAGUAUGGAUUCCAAGUCGUCAGGGUGGGGUAUGUAAGCUGGUUUGAGUUUGUAGUGUCAGUAUUUCUAGCGUGUUUGGUAAGUAUUUUCUGAGAGACUUAUCUCGUCACGUUUUUGGGAGUGGGGAUGGGUGAAAAGGGAGUCUGGGGACAAAA